UUUCCUCUGUUUCAUUGCUUCCUAAGGAAACUAUAUAUCUAUCUUCUUAGACAGAGACAUAUAUUUCUGUCUUAUUUUGAAUGGCGGUGACUAGGAAGUGUCAGGUGAAAAUCAGGCCGUUGAAGCUGGAAUUAGGAGUUGAUGAUUUCGAUAGGGAAAAUCAAGAACCAAGAAAGGUGAAGAUGAUGACAAUCAAGAUGAAAUGGAAAGGAGAAGCCAAGUUUGGUUUAGUGCCGUUUCAUAAGCAUAAGAAAGAUUUCACAAGUCGGAGAAUUAUGAAAGCCAAUUCCAUUAAAUGGGAUAAUGACGAAGAUGAGUUUGAGAACGUUUGUUGUUUUACAGAGGUUUCUGGUUGUUAUCAGAAUCUAAAGUAUUCGCCAUGGGAUGUCUCUUUUAAUGUCUUGUACGCAACUAGUUUGGAGAAUUCCUCGCCCAAAAUGGUGGCGAUUGGGAAAGUGGCAGUUAACGUUGGAGAAUUGGCUUCGAGAAUGAUGUCUGAUGUUGAGGAGAAGCUUCCCAUUACUUUAAAUAUUGGUACAACUUCCAUUUCAGCUACGCUCCAUGUCAAGGUAACCUUUGGUGAGAUGAGAGGCUAUCAAGACUUGGUAGGUUGUGUCCGUGACUCAAACGAGUCAAGACAGCUGCAAUGUUUAUUAGAGAGUAGUAGCGCAUGUGACAGAAAGGGACACAAGCUGAGACAAGAAGAUGAGUCAUCCACAUUUGAAGCAGAGGUACCGAAGGCGAUUGAGUUAAGUUUAGAAAUUCAGUCUGACUCAUUCAAGAAAGUUGGGUGGUUCUCUUGGAAGAGAAGGCGAUUGAGUCUUAGGCCCAUCAGGCCGAGUAAAGAUGAACCAUUAAUUAAGACGACUCGUAGCUUUGAUGUUCUCUCACGACUCAACAACCAGAAUGUAGAGAAGCCUGAGCCUUCUGCUAAAUCAAGGGACCAAAAUGAAGGCAGCAGGAAAAAGCCUGCUUGGGAAGUGAAGGAAUUACAGAGUAGGGAUAGGCAAACAAAGCUCAAAGCCAAUGCCUUCUUUGCAUCUUUUGACCAAUGCAGUGACAAGGCUGCUGGAGAGAGUGCAUGCACAGCACUAGUAGCUGUUUUCUCACAUUGGCUACAAUCGAAUAGAGAUGCAAUGCCCACGAGAUCAGAAUUUGAUAACCUCAUACUACAAGGUUCCACAGAAUGGAGAAAGCUAUGCCAAAAUGAUAUUUACAUCAAUGAUUUCCCAAACAAGCACUUUGAUUUAGAGACUGUCCUGCAUGCUCGUAUUCGACCUAUAGCCAUCUCGCAUGAUCAAUCCUUUGUUGGAUUCUUCAGCCCUGAGAAAUUUGACUCAUUACAAGGGGUAAUGUCAUUUGAUCAGAUAUGGGACAAGAUUAGUAGUGUCACGGAUGGUUUUGAAAUUGAACCUAGAGUUUAUAUUAUUAGUUGGAACGAUCAUUUCUUCGUAUUGAAGGUGGAAGAAAGUGCUUAUUACAUUGUUGAUACGUUGGGAGAAAGGCUAUAUGAGGGUUGCAGCAAAGCAUACAUACUAAGGUUUGACAAUAACACUAUGAUAUAUGAGAAUGUUGCAGAAGAGAAGUCACAGAAAAAUGAUACUAAGGAUAAGGAAGAGAUGAUAUGCAAGGGGAAAGAAUGCUGCAGAGAAUUCAUCAAGAGAUUUCUCGUUGCUAUCCCUCUAAAGGAACUCGAGGAGCAAGAGAAAAAGGAGACAGUUUCUUAUGUAUCCCUUCAUCAUCGAUUGCAGAUAGAGUUCAACUUGAGUUACUUGCUGUCUUCUUCGUCAUCGUCUUUAACAUCAUCACCUUUCUCUUCUUCUGCUACUCCUACACCUUAAAUUUAGGAUGUACAUUGAAUUUGCUUAGUGUAUAUCUGUAUCAUAGUACUGCCAAUUACAAAUAGGAGCAUACUGACUAGACAUAGAAGAGACAUUGUACACUCUAAUGCUGUUAGAGAUGCUAUAUCAAACAUGAUUAGACCGUGUCAUAAAGGUGUUUCAAGAAUUUUAGAUAUAAUUGACAUGAAAACAGUAUGAACACUAAACACCAAAAUCGAAAAUCAAUGGGUGAAGUAGCGUAGAACAUUAAUAAAACUUCUCAGUGCCCUUGUAGGGAAGACAGUGUGCAUAUCCAAGAAACAUCUCAAGAAAGUUUGGGCCUUCAUUAACUAUUAAUCAUUUUCUCGGUGAAAUGGACUAGUUAGGAUUGGAUUCUUUUUGGUUUUGUGAUGUGCAGUGAAUCUGCAUCUUUGGUGUAAUAUUAAGACUUGUUCCAAUAUUUGGUUGGAUGUUGUGCAUUGAAUAUUUAUUUUUGAGGGCAAUGAGCCAAUGAUGGAUGGAUGGACCUCCACGCAUAAUAUAAAGGAAUAUUUGAUCCAAAUACGUACGUCCUGUCCAUUUUAGAGAUAUGAAAGCUACAAAAGUGCUUACAGCAGAAGAUAUUUCAG